AUUUCUUUUUCUUCUAGGGUAGGCAGCAUUGUAGGAUCAGUGAUCAAGAAACUGAUGGUAAAACUUCAGCUGCCAGUUCAAACGACUUCAGUGAUCCGAUUUACAAAGAAAUUGCUAUAACCAAUGGUUAUAUCAACAGAAUGACCAGAGAGGAGCUCAGAAGUAAACUCGCAGAGUUCAAGCUUGAAACCAGAGGAGUGAAAGAUGUACUGAAAAAGAGAUUGAAAAACUAUUACAAGAAACAGAAGCUGAUGCAGAAGGAAUACAUUAAUGGAGACAGCUGCUAUGACUACAUAUGUGUUGUUGACUUUGAAGCAACAUGUGAAGAAGGAAACCCACCUGAAUUUGUACAUGAAAUAAUUGAAUUUCCUGUUGUCUUAGUAAACACACGUACCCUGGAAAUAUCGUUUUUCCCUCUAAAAUCCACAUUCCCACUCUUUGGUGCCUGCUGGCUGAGAGGAAGGCCGUGUUCUGGUUGGAAAGCUAUCUGUCCCGUUAGGAAUCCGAUAAUGGCUAAAUCAGGAGGCUCACACACUGGCUCAGGAGGUGCAUGCUCCUUUUUGCCUGCAGCAGGACAAGUAACUGCUGUUGCCUUUGGGCUGCAGGAGGAUACCUUUCAGCAAUAUGUGAAGCCAGAGAUUAAUCCCAAGCUUUCAGACUUCUGCAUCAGUCUGACAGGAAUAACCCAGGACAUUGUUGAUAAAGCUGAUAUUUUUCCUCAAGUUCUGCAGAAUGUCAUAGAUUGGAUGAGACAACGAGAACUGGGAACAAAGUAUAGCUAUUCCAUGUUGACUGACGGGUCUUGGGAUAUGAGUAAAUUUUUGAACAUCCAGUGCCGUAUUAGCCGUAUCAAAUACCCUUCUUUUGCCAAAAAGUGGAUCAAUAUUCGCAAAUCAUAUGGGAACUUCUACAAGGUUCCUAGGAACCAGACAAAACUGACAAUCAUGCUUGAAAAUCUGGGCAUGAAUUACGAUGGGAGACCUCACAGUGGACUUGAUGACUCUAAAAACAUUGCAAGGAUAGCUAUAAGGAUGCUGCAGGAUGGCUGUGACCUGCGGGUGAAUGAGAGAAUUCACGGUGGACAGCUGAUGACAGUCUCCUCCUCAGUCCCCUUAGAGGGAGCCCCUGCUCCACAGAUGCCCCGCUACAGAAACUAGCAGUUCAGAGUUCUGUCUUGGAGCUGCCCUCAGAUACCCGCUUAAGACUCCAGAGCUUAUUAAAUGGCCACUUCUGCCAGCAUGUCUGCCAUGCAGAAUCCUAAAGCACCUUAACUAAUCAUCUCUGUUGAAAUAAAGAGGAGCAUGGAA